UGGGGUAGCGCCAGCCGUGGAAUGAUUGACACGUUCACGUCUAGUGGCGGCAGCUUCGAUACUAGCAGCAAUGAUUGGGGAGGGCAUGGCGACUUCGCUUCAUGAGGGGCUGCGGGGAAUCCCUCUUGACCUGCAGGGUGAGGAGGAAGUGUCCGCGUUCUCUACUGUGAUAACUUACAAGCAGCAGUUGGAGGAAAUGUACGCGGUGUUGUGCCAAGCGAAUGGAGAGUUGCCAUACGAUGUUCUGCUGGAGGGAGAGGAGACCUACGACGGGUGGGAUGACGAACUCUACGACCUGAUCUCGCUUCGACAGCAGGAUGCGACUGACAGAGCGUGGGCGAUUGCCGUUUUUUACGACUGCAUUGAGAUGCUGCAACUAGUCAAAGACACGUUUGCUGAUCUUCUGGCGCGGAGAGGCGCGGGUGGUUUCCCAGAUACAGAGAUGCGGACAGAAUCGAUAGCACCAGCAUCAGUGACAACAUCACCAACAACACCAUUUUCACCGACAAUAGCAUUAGCGGCACUGGUAUCGACCACAACCACAUCAUCAGUGGUUAACAUGGAUAAAUUGUCAAUAUCAUCUUCAGCAGUGACCGCUCCAAUGACGGCACCGAUAACGAUAUCAUCAUUGAGUGCACCAACAGUAUUCAUGACGGCUACACAGACAGAGGCCGUGAGGGCUGUGCUGACAAUAACAACACCUAUAUCAACAUCAUCGCUAUCCAGAGGGGUGGCGCCAUCAGUUAACUCUCAGACUGGUUGUGCUUGCCAACGGGAGUUGUUCGCGCAAGGUCAUGCUGUAUGGGGGUGGGAAGAGGGGCUGCCCCCACACGUGGAGUUUGCGGAUUGGCCACGAUUGAACGCGUCGAAGUCGUGCAGCUGUAAGACCCUUGAGGAGGGGCAAGGGUUUGGCGGCGAGUUUGAGAUGCGCCUCCAUGAAAACGAUGAUGAUGACUUCGCGGAUGGCUUCUGCGCCAGCAGCAUCACCGUUGCACACGCGGCCAGGAGUGAUGACAUUUUCCAUGACAAAAACAACAAGAAGUGUGAUACAGCGUAUGAUGAUCAAAUCAGCAACAAUAACAAAAUUGCGGUCGAUAUUCGUGAUCAUGUGAGUGUGAUUUGCUUGGCUUUCAUCUCGCCUCCCUUUAGGUUUUUUGUGCGGAAUGAUCAGGGGCGAGAGGGGUGGGGGAUCGUAAUGUUUUGUGAACAGGAAGGCCCAGCGGGCAGGGGGGAAGUGGGAUGGAGACGCGAAGGGGUGGGAUAGGGAGGGUAAAUGUUUUCAUGGGUUUCACGCUCUUCUCCUGGCGUGGUUUUGCGGAUUGUGGCGACCAGCUGUGGUAGCAUAGCCAAUAUAAACCUUGAUUACUGACUUCAGGUGUCUCUUCUUUUGAGCUUUUGGCUUGUUUGCUGAAUGUGCGAGGGGUUGCUGGAUAAUUUAGGAAGGGAUAAUCUGGAGAUGAUGACGGGAUUAGCGAUACAAACCAUCUAAAUUUUGCCUGGCUGGCAGCGUGGCUCUUGCGGUGUGACUUAGUUGUCACUGUCUGGUGAUCUGAACUCUGCGACGUAUAUCUUGCGAUCUGAACUCUGCGAUGUAUAUCUUGCGAUUCCCGCUGCCACGUGGACACUGAUAUUGAGGUUCUGUUAUAAAUGAGCCAAGUGGCGUUAUAGGGGGAACACUUGUGCUCAGCAUGUGGGGUGGUCCACGUGGUUUACUGCUGGUUUUGGAAGUGGGAUCGCGAUAAUUGGCUUUCUAUUCCCCUACUCUGAUUACCCCUUCCCCUCGUAGUGUUGCAUGUUUUCUAUAUGAGACGAGGGUUYCAGAAUAGGAAUAAGUUUUUACAUUGCAAUGGGCAGUUAAUCCCCUUGGUAGGAGGGCAAUCAAUGCUGCUCAUCGCG